GAGCCCUGACACUGAGGAAGCGGAGCAGGCCGCCAUCUGGCAGAAGCGGAACGCCCUGGCAACGGCCUGGCUGGACAAGAAGGCAGCACUCCAGAAGAAAGGAAAAGACGUGAAAUGGCUGGAUGGCUGGAUCAAAGCCCAGACGAAGGACGAUGCCGACAAGAGGAUUGUCAUUACGCACCAAUCUGCCUCGGCGCUGCUCAUGAGCAUUCCCUCGAGUCUCUCGGGGGACGUUCGGACCGAGAUGAAGAUGACCAGGGACUUCAUCAAAUUGGAUGAGGAGUACGAUGCCAAGCAACAGCAGCUGAACACAGAGCUGGCCGAACAGAAGCUUAUCAUUGCAGAGGUGCAAAGCACGCCGAACUAUGUCCCCCCAACGUACGCGACGGACUGGUUGGGAAGACCGAAGGGGCUCACGGAAGAGCAGGUGAAGCAACUCCAGGGCACGAAGCUCACCAACGUGGCGCCACCACCGCUAGUGGUGCAGGCCAGAGUUGUGGGUGCCGGCGAACCAGUUGAAGGCAAUGUCGUGCAAGGCAUCGUGGUCGAGCCCUCCCCUGCGAUACAACAGGCCCAGUACGAGCAGUUCCAGCUGUAUCAGAGGCAGCAGCAGCAGAUGAAAAGAAAGCUGGACCAGCAGAGGAACUAUAACUCUUACCACUACGGCGCUUACGGCUACGAUCCGAGCUUCUACGCCUACAUGGGCCUCUGGCAGUAUCAAUGGCACCAUCAGCACUACUACUACGGCUACCACCACCAGGAUGAUUACGAUCACUACGACCACUUCGACACGGCGCCCUAC